ACUUAAUAAAAUAUCGAUUAAAUUAUGCGUCAUAUUUCUUGUUCGUGGGGUUAAUUUUUGUAACGCCAUAAAGUUUAUAGUAAACAAUUACAGUUUUUUAAGAAAACAUGCAAUGGGACAUGUAAUAAAACUCAUUAAAAACGGAUUAGACCGCAGUUAUGCCUUUUUGGAUCAAUAACUAUGAGUAAACCUAGGAGUCUAGGAGUCUAAACAAGUUUUUGUGCAAAUUUUUACGCGUUUGAAUAUUUAAAUAAAUUUUUUACUUUGACGAGUUGAAGCUGGAUUUAUAAGUGUUAAUAGCUAAUUGCGUUUUAAAGGCGUUGUAUAUGCAUAAUUAUUUAUAUAUGUUUACUAUAUUCUGCAUUUAGAUUAAAUUGGAGGGGUAUUUAAAGGUUAUGAUAAAAAUGUUAUUUUUACCUAUAUUGGUGGUUUUAUGUAUUACAUUUGUUACAAAUGGACAAACGGACUCAGAAUUGGCUGAAAAACUAUAUAUCCGACUGUUAAAGCAUCAACGGGCAGAGCAGUUGGAUGCCAUAAAAAGUUUUAGUAAGAUUUCAAGCUACGAGAAACAGUAUUCAAUGAUAACACUGAUGGCUGAGAAGGUUUUUACGGCUAUACAAGCAAGUCGGGCGCACAUAGAAUCAUCACCAUAUAUACCAGGUGUAUCAGAUUUUCCCUUGGACAAUAAUGUACGAAUAGCUCUAUCUAAUAUUCUGGAAAAUACUGUGCUAUUUUGUGAGAUGAUUCUGAGAUUCCCCGAUAUCGCAACCUCUGUGAUGAAAAUAAACAACAACUGGGACGUUCUUUUACAAUGGAGCAUAGCAUUUAGCAAUCAAGUUAAAUACUUACUGGACCCACCCACAGUUAAAUUACUAACUCUGGUCAGCAUGGAGCUAAACCAUAUAGAAAGAGAUGUGAAUUACGUUAAUCCAUACAGGAAAAAAACCUCCAAAAUAGAUUCUGUUAAAAACGCUAAAAAGACUAAAAAAAAGAAGACUAUCAAAAAGGGGCCAAGACUGACGCAUUUUGAGCUUUAAAAAACAAACUAGUCGAAUGGAUUUAUCAGGG